GCUCAAACGGUGAGAGUGUACAAAACUGGUGCACAACGACCAUUUUUCUUUUUUUGUACUUGUACUUUCGUUCCUCGCAAUAUCCUGACCACACGGAUCGCAGAAGCUACCUCAUCGGCCUCCCCAUAUAACUCCAGCAAAUAAGGAUUGAUACUCCGUAUAUUGGUAAGUGAAAAUGAGUUAUGCUUCAGCUAUUUUUUCACAAUUUCUGCAACCGGGAUUGUGUACCUACUCUCCCAGCCGGCGUAGUUUUAGUUCAAGAAUCCCAGGGGCUGUUUCUGUCCUCAAAUCAUAUAUUCCCGCGAGCGGGGUUGAUGAAGACUAUGUUUUGAGAGACUUCUUGAAGGAGAGAAAGUUGAAUGGAGACUUCAUAGCUAGAAUUUCUGAUAAAGUUUGGCUAAGAGACAUUGCUAACGUUGAAUAUACAGAAUCUGAGACUGGACCAACUGAUAACGUUCAGCUAUUGGAGGAGGCUUUAGGGGAAGGAAAUGAAGGUGGGUUUUUGAAAUUUAAGAGCUCCAGAGCAUGGCUCCUAGGUGAGACCUCACCACCUGUCAAUAAGAAGAGAACCAUUAAGGAGCUACAAGAUGAUAGGGACAGAUGGAAAAUGCUGAACUUUCUCAGAUAUGAAGCUCUGAAGAGGGACUUGCUAUUUUUAACUGUGAGCAUCGGGACUGCUUGUGGUGGAUAUUGCCUCCUAGCUUUUUCACCAGAGGCUGCUCUAAGCUACACAACAGGAGUGUUUUUCAGUUGCAUUUACUUACAACUGCUGUGCCGGCAUGUGGAUAUGCUCACAAGGGAAAUGGUUCCAGAUAUAUUCAUGAAAAAGAAAGAGAAGAAAAUUGGAAUUAGAAGUCAAGACUUUAAGGAUUUGUUUGAGAGAACAGUUAAGGGUAGUGGCAUUGCUCUUUCAUCCACCAGACUUGUUAUUCCUGCAGCAAUAUAUGGAUUAUGGGAGUUAUCUCAGCAUUCUAACCACGUUCUUUUUGACUUCCAGCUGGUGCCUGCAGUUUUAGGGCUCUUCGUGUACAAAGCUGCUGCUCUAGUGCAAGUCUAUAGGGACAACGAUGACCUUCAAUUUGUUUUUCCAGAGAACGAAGAAGUGUCUGGCAACUGAGGAAGAUUUUCAUCGGCAUUUGCUCUUUUCUUGGUAUUAGACGUUUUCUAGUUCCACCCGAUGGGUUUAGACUAAGAGGCCUGACUAACCAAUGCGUUUAUGAGUUGAGGUCGAGCCCAUUGCUCAGCCUUGGGAAUAACCUUUAAUGACCGAUGUUGAGCCCAUGUCCUAUGAAGAGACUGUUGCUUGAUUUCUAUUCACAAUGUCUGGGUAUUCAUUCUGGCAAUGAUUCAGGCAUUCUGCUUGACGCACACCAGUCUCGGCGUGUCAUUAUGCAUGAAAUAGUGCAAGAAAAUGGUAAAGGUAGUCAGUGAUUAUUUGUUUUUUAUACUAAUGCAAACAUUGAUGGUGAGCCAUUUGGAUUUUGGAGGCAGCAACGAUUAUGCUGCUUUCAUAUGUAAAUUUCAACAUUUCAUUCUUCAUCCGGCUACUUCGUAAUUUGCAACUUAUAAAAAUUCCGGAGAUGGCACCUUGUGGUUUUUUUUGCAUAAUUGUUAUGCAGUUCUAGAUAAUUUAUUGACAUUAAAAAUAUCACGUCACCAAUCUCAUAGGC